ACACAGUACAGUAAAGUAAAGAAGGAGAAGAAGAAGAAGAAUCAAAUUUCUCCCAUUUCCAAGAAAUUAGGGUUUUUCUUUCUUCUCGAUCGAAUUCGCGGCUACUAGUUUCAAUAUCUUCCGACAACAGUCCUCUUCUUACUGAUUUUGUCUCUCCGAGUUUUGAAGCAGUGUGCUAAGCUAAAGGAACAAGGGAACAACUCUGAAUUAUGUUUUCCCGAUAUCUGUCUCAUAGUUUGUGGAGUUGGAGGGGUGUUUAAGCCUUGAUUUGGAGACUAGUCUUCAGACGUACUGCUGUGAGCUGAAUAUGGGUUCGCUCUGUUGUGUUGCUGCGAAGUCAGAUAGUUCAAAUUCUGCAAGUGGGGACUUUUCCUUUCGCCCCCAUGAGCCUUAUUGGAGGACUAACACAAGUUUUUCUCCACCUUCAUCGAGAUGGGAUGUCCAUGGAUUAAUUGAUGGUAUUAGCUGUUAUGGAUCUUCCACUUCAUCAAAUGCUAAUGUUCUUCGUAGUCCUGACCUUUCUCAGGCGCUUCAUUGGACACCUAAUAAUUUUGAGUCUGCAACAAGAAGAGAUCAAAUUCUUAAGCAACUUCCGGGUACAUCCAGAAAUGUUGGUUCGUUCUCAUCUGGUUCUGAUAUUGGUGACUCUGAACCUAACAGAAACUUCUCAAGCCGGCGCUUUUUCCUGUCCAAGCCUGUUCAUCCUAUACUGCAUCCUUCUGAUAAUGUUAGGGAUACAACAUCUGAUUCUGCGGAUGCCUGCAGUUGGAGCAGCGGGACUACAAGCAGCAUUGAUUCUGUGGAUGUUGCAGAGCCAGUUCUUGACUGGGAUAACAACUCUACCAAAGCACAGAGGGUAGCUUCAAGUACUUUUAAAUGUGGAUUGUGUAACAGAUACCUCACGCAGAAAUCUCCUUGGGGAUCUCGCUCCAUCGUAAGAAAUAGAGACAUGCCUGUGACAGGAGUGCUUCCAUGUCAACAUGUCUUUCACGCUGAAUGUCUUGACCAGUCAACUCCAAAGACGCAACACAAUGACCCGGCUUGUCCAAUAUGCACAAAACAGGAAGGAGAGCUCUUCAAAACACACAACAUUCUCGCGAGGCUUAAACCGCUUUGUGAAGAUGGACCAUCUACAAGACCAUGGGGUUGUGCUCAGGUUGGUGACUGUGUUGAAAGUGCUGUUAAUGUGCCCCCUAAAAACACCAUGAUGAUGAUAAACCGGAACCGGCUAAGGAAAAAUCUCUCACUGAGAGGGAACUCCAGCAAAGAAUUCCCAAGUAAAUUCAAGAAAAGUAACUCAUUUGCCAAGGAAAAUCUGACAAAUCAAGUCUCGCUUAUGCAUUCGAGAGGGAAAGAGAAAGCUUCAUGGUAGCUGGGGAGGGAAAAAACAGAGAGAUCAAAAGGUCGAUUCUUUGACCUGCUUUAAUUUUUAACCUUUUGACAAGUAUUGAUAUUGGAUGAUCAAGUAUUCAUUGUGGGAAGAUCUGUAAACAAAUGUCUUUAGAGCUUUGAUUGGUUAUGUAAACUAGUUGUAUCUAGUAAAUCAUCAAUCUGUUGGCGACCAUCUUAACUGGUUUAUUAUCCAAUAGAUAAGUGUCUUUUGUUCGGUUUAA